AUGAGAGCCAUUGAGUCAAAGAAAUAUGAUAAGUGGAAAAUGACUCAGUGGGGUGGACGUCAUACGUGUUUGAACACGUCUUUGUCACAAGAUCAUGAUAAGUUAGAUUCUGAGUUAAUUGCAUCAUUUAUACAAGCAUUAAAUCGGUUCUUCGAGAAGCUUGCGCAGGAAUCUUCUCGUCUUGCCAGAUACAACAAAAAACCGACGAUAACCUCUCGCGAGAUUCAGACCGCGGUCAGGCUCGUGCUGCCCGGGGAACUUGCCAAGCACGCUGUUUCUGAAGGAACCAAGGCUGUCACCAAGUUCACUAGCUCCUAG